AUGUGCAGUGACGGCCGUGCCAGGCGCCGGCCCGCAUGCAACGAGCUGCAGUGCAGCAAGGUGCAAGUGGUGCCGUGGAGGGGAGGCAAGAGGUGCGAGGUACUGGAAAGGGGCGAAACGGACAGGAGGGCCCAAGGGGGUGAUGGUGGAGAGGAGGGUUUGGGAAGGAGCGCGUGGGUGGCAGGUGAAGGGCGUGAGGAUGAGGAGCUGGCAGACGUCAUGGCUGCUCUUGGCCUGCCAGUGCAGUUCAGUGGAGGGGCGCGGGCUGUGCGGUCAACAGCAGAGGAAAUAAAGGCCACUCCACUGACUGGGCCCUCCCAACCACCAGGCCUGCGGCGUUUGGACGUGCAUGUUGAUAAAAUGUUUGCUGACGUCCCUGCUCUCUGUUUGUUUUCGUUUCUUUCUGUGGUGCAGCAGCAGGGCGGUGGAGGUGGUGGUAGUACUGGUGGUGGCGGUGGCGGUGGCGGUGGUGGUGGUGGUGGUGGCAGUGGCGGUGGCGGUGAUGGUUCUGGUGGGGCUCGUGGAGGAGAGAAGAAGAGGCGGGGGAGAAGGAGGGGCGAUGGAGAGGGUGUGGCAGGGAUGGGUGCAGCGAUAGCAAUGGAGGGUGGUGCUGAUGCAGCGAGGCACGUUGCUGCUGAUGCAGCCAUAAGUGCUCCCACAGGGGAAGUGGUGGAGGGUACUGCAGAGAUAGCAGUGGUGGGGAGCGGUGCAGAGGCAGUGGAGGGGAACAUUGCAGUGGCAGUUGAGGGUGGCAUGGGGACAACAGCACAGGUCGCUGCAGAGGCAGAACUGAUGGGCGACGAGCAAAUGGGAGAAAAACAAACACUGGAAGGGGAGACCGCGGGAGAGCAGGCAAUGGAAGGGCAGGUAGUGGAGGGGCAGACAGAGGGAGUGUCAAUGGUGGUGGCGGAGGAGGGUGCAUGGCAGGCGGUGUGGGAGCCGCUCUCCCACGGCGUGUACUUCUGCAAUGCUGCCGCCGCCCUCACCCAGUGGCACCCGCCAGUCCAUGGCGAGGGGAGUGGGCUUGCGUGCUGGGUGGGAUGGACGCCUGAGCAGGCUGUAACUGACCAAGCUGCAGCAGCGAAGGCUGUAGCUCACCAGACAUUAUUUGUAGAGGGCGCUUCCCCACAGGCAGAAGCCGUGCAGGUCUUAUCUGAGCUGGCUGUAGCAGAGGAGGCUGGAGCAGAGGAGGCUGUAGCAGCGGGGUAUGAGAAGUACUGGCAGCAGCGGUACGGUCUGUUCUCACGGUUCGACGAGGGCGUCGUAUUGGAUGCUAACGCGUGGCCCCUUGUCACCCCUGAGGCCAUCGCCGCCCACCACGCUGCCAUGUGUGCUGCUGCCAUGGAUUGUGGUGGUGCCACGUGUCUAGGGGGUGAUGCUGCCACGUCAGCUGGAGGCGGUGGUGCUGGUAUGUUCGCAGGAGAUGGAGGCGCCACUUGUGCAGAAGAUGGUGCUGCCACGCAUGCUGCUGUCACGUGUGCUCCUGCCACGUGUGCUGCUGCCACGUGUGCUCCUGCCACGUGUGCUGCUGCCACGUGUGCUCCUGCCACGCAUGCUGCUGUCACGUGUGCUCCUGCCAUGUGUGCUGCUGCCACAUGUGAUGGCCACACUGCACCGAUACGUUCAGAAGAAGAGGCUUUAGAGAAGAGAGGAGUCCGAGUAAAAGCAGGGCAGGAGGAGGGGAAGGAUGGAGGGGAGGGAGAGGUGAAAGCAGAAGUUACAGCGAUGGGCAGGCAGGGAGGAGGAAAGGAAAGAGGUGGCUUUCUGGAAGCAGGAGGGUGUGGGGGUGGAAUACGAGCAGGGAGGUGUGAGCGUGCAGCAGGGGUGGGGGAUGCGGCAGGCAUGGUGGGGGAUGCAGGAGGCGUGGUGGUGGAUGCCUUCUGUGGGGUGGGCGGCAACACCAUCCACCUUGCCAAGCUGUGA